AUGAACUAUUUAGUGUCUCUUGCUUCAUCUCAAGUACGAUAUACGCUUCCCCCAUUGGGACACGACUCAGCAGAAAACAUCGCUUCUACAUCAAAUUCUGGUGGUCCACAAGGAAUUUUCCAUUACAGUGAUACCGACAACAAUUUUCAGUCCAACUUCAAACUUCCUGACUUCGAAAGACUCGAUCCGAUUCGAAUGGCAAGUGAGCUGUUAAGCGCAGCCGCUGUAGCCGAGAACAGUCGCAAAACGUUGUCGGGUAUCAACUUACCGCUUCCCUUCGCGAGGAGGCCGCUCAGGCUGGAGGUAACGGGAGAAUCACAAAAUAGUUUGUCCCUAAGAAAUAGAAAAAAUGAAGCUGCAGAACCGAGUAGGGAUUUGAGCCCUGAAGCUAGGGAGGCUUUUGUGAGAGCUAAGCAGAUUUGCCUGCAUUCUUCAGCAGCCUCUUGCGAUGAAGUCAGUUGA